GCAAUGUAAAACAUUACAAUUCGUGGGCCUGACUCAGUUCAGAAACUGCUUUCCAGUGAAGACAAAGAGCAAUAAAAUAGCAUAAAAAAGCAAAACAAACAGAAAAACAAUAAUAAAAAAAAAAUGGACAAGUUAGACAAAAAACAUUUAUCAUAUAGCUAAUUGGACUGAACCACAGAUCUAUUUUUAAGUGCCACACUAAAUAAAAGAAUACAGCAUUUGUCUGAAAAGGGGAAGAAAAAUUAAAAAUGAAUUAAUUUGAUUAAAAUGAUUUAUUUUUAAUAAUGGCAGCUCUGAACUUCCAUACAAUUGAAUAACAAGGGUUUAACCCAAAAUUCAAACAAAGACCUAAUAUCAAAGCAACAUGCCUUUUCAGUGUUUUGCUUUUUUUUUUUUUAGUUCAUCAUAAUUUAAUAAAAUGGUCUUAGUUUAAUGUAAAUGUAGUAUACUUCAAAUGUACCUAAAGACACUGUCAGCCUGCAGUGUUGUAUGUUUAAGUUACUGCUGGUAUUUAAAGAGAACUACUUGCUGUCUGUCAAGUCGUCAGUUGCAGCUGUUCUCAGUUCAGUCAGUGUGAGUCUCAGACCACAGGCAGAGAAGCAGCUCUGUCGGCUUCAUCUCACUUCAGAGAGUGUUUCUAAGAAACGGCUAAGCACUGAAGUUUUAACUAGUUGUUCAUUUUCCGCUUCGGCCCUGUGACAUGCCGGUGUUUGUGGAGGAUCCUGCUCAGUUCUCUAAAUCUCGACUGAAGUCAGAUUUAAUUGCCCACAAUGUCGCGCUGCCACCCUCCAAGAGCAAGAAGGAGGUUUAUGUGGCGUUGCACAUGAAACAUGUUGAUCAGAAAAACGCAGCGGAUUUCUCCAGCGACGAGGAGGAUCAAGUGCAAGAUGUGUCAGAGGAGGAGGAGGAGGAUACAGACAAUACAGAGAUGCCUGACCCGAGCAGUUUGACUGAUGACGACCUCAAGGCUGCAUUGCUCAUGCACGGGUUCAAAGCUGGGCCCAUAGUUGCCUCCACCAGGGCCUUGUAUGAGCAGAAGCUCAGGAAACUGCUUCAGUCUGAUGGACAUGACAAAGUGAAUGGAAUAGAGAAAGGUGUACUGUACUCUGACAGUGAAGAAGAGGAGGAAAAUGGGGAAGAGGAAGAUGAAGAAUCAGGCUCUGAAGGAGCAAAACAAGAAACGGCUGAACAGUCGGAACAGGCCCAGGAGGAGAGCAGCCAGGUAAAGUUGCUUUUUCAGAAAGGUGGUUAUGUUUACCCGCAGUGCUUUUUACCCUCAUCACGACUGCGUGCUUGUGCUUCUCGACACAGGGAACCUAGUCCCAAGUGGAAUUCAGGGAAUGCGUUAAAAUCAUCAGAGCAGAGUCGGUCUUGCUGCUCCCAGAUUCCCGCUGGAAUUAGUAGAGCAUCCUCUGUUGAUCAAUGCUCAGGAUUAGGAUCAGGGGUCCCAUCUGGAUCACAAUCAGUCAUGUCUAAUGGUUCAUUUUCCUCUUUGACCUUCAGCAUCACCCGGUUGGUUGAGGAGAUGGAGAGUCGGACAUCACUCUCUACUAGCGUAGACAGUAAGAGAGAGUUGAAUGGGAGCAAUGUGCAGGAGCAUUGGUCGCGGUCCAACAGGCUGGACACGCCAGUUGUGGACAAGAACACCAAGAAGGACCAGUCCCUGUACUACACUCCCAAGGCUUCCUCUUGUGAAUGGGAAAUGAAGCUUCCUCAGGAACCUGUGAAAGAUACUGUGAAGGACUUGUUUCCAGACACUAAGACCACACCCACAGGGAUCCACGCAACUCGUCGGAGACCAAUCAAGGGUGCAGCAGGGAGACCUAUCCAGUACGCAUAUCCAGACACUCCUGCCAGCCCCACCACCCUGGAGAGGCGAGAGGUGGAGCGCCGCCUUGUACCCAUCAAGAUACAAAUUUUGGUCUUCCUCAUUGUGGCGUUCCUCUUGUACUUCAUUUAUGCUUGUGUUGAAGACAACUCAUUCAGUCCAUUUGUGGCCUUACUGGAAAGUCUAAGCCAGGGGUCAGAAAAUGAGGGACUCUUGGUUCAGGUUGAGAUACAGGACACACCAGCACUCUCUGGACAAGAGUAACUUUUUUUUUUUUUUUUUUUAACCCUCUACAGAUGUGAAGGUUGCUGUUUUGUUGUUUCAGCUUUUACCAAGCUAGCUAGCCGUAAAGACCUUGGGAUAUAUUCAGGGUGCGAAUAUUAAUUUCAACACUUUUUUUGUUGACUGUGUUUGUGUGUCUGUUUGGGGUGAAUACCUCAAAGUCCAGUUUUACAGUUUUAUGUUUUGCUUAUAUGUUACCAAAAGUGCUGUUGUUCCUGUAAUCAAAACAAUGGCAAAAGCAGAGAUGCAAUCAAGACUAAAGAUUUGAAUAGUUUCUCAAAUGUAAAAUAAUAAGAAUGUUGUUAUUUUUGCUAUUUCCUGACUCAAAUUGUGUAAUGUGUCAGUGCUUUUUCAAUGAAUAUGUGUCACUGUACUUGUGUGUUAUUGUUUUGUUUUUUUUAAAUAUUUGAAACAUAUUUCAAUAAAGGAUAUCUUGCUUCAUA